AUGUUUUCCCGUGGCUUCGUACUUCUCCACCCACAGAUGCCCCACCGAACCUUUCCCGCCAGCCUCUCAUCAACCUCCUCCUCCUAUCCACUUUGUCCCAACAUGGAAGAAAUUCUACCGCGCUUGCUGGACCAAAUGGCGCUUGAUGGCCCUAAGACUGGAAUAAACGCCCCAGCCCCGGAGAUUCUCCACAUCAUCUUCGAUUUCCUUGACCUCUGCGAAGUGAAGUCCCUCCGCCUCACCAAUAAGGCGCUUAGUGAGCUCGCCGACCGCGCCUCGUUCGAUGUAAUCUUCAAAUGGCAUAUAGCGUGGACGAAAGCGCAAGAACUUGGCCUCUUUCCUACAAUAGACGGCACCAAGCCCGAGCAAGAGAUCAAGCAGCGGAACCCAAAACUUUAUCAGAACGCUAUUGAGGGGCUUGCGGUACAUCUUCGCCAACAUCCUGCAGAAACGUGGGCAACAUGGUACUCCAAGGUUGUGAAGGCAUCGGUAGGAUACAACCGUUCAGACAUCGUUCCAGCUACUCCGGCCGUUUAUCGUGCGUACGGACAAUACUGCGAAUUUCAUCGUUGGCAGCAGGACCUUUGGAAUGGAUCGGGUGCCUGGCGCAUGAUUUCCCGCGUUAUCAAGAGCCUUCCAGCGCUCCAGAGCAUCGAAUUAUCGCGCGGCGACUUCAAAACCCUACACCAGAUAUACACCAACGGGCUCCGCGCAUUGAGAUUCGAGACCGGGGAGUACCAGCUGCUUCUACUGCUGAUGCUUUCUCGACGCUUCUUCGGAACACUGGACGAAUGCACCGACGACAUCAUGCGUGCGACGGCGAAUCUCACCCACUUGCAUAUCAACUUUACGCCCGCUGUAUGGCACAAUGUGAACGGAAAUCCACAGCUGGACUUCCAAGGCGCCGGCUGGGUCACCAGCUCAAACUCAUGGAGGAGUGGGCAUUUGACGGCAUUCCUGGGAAACCUGAAGAAACCGGAAGACCUCACUCUCCGAAACCAUCACGUGCGCCCUAUCUCUCAACGGCACGUUACCUGGAUGUCGCUGGGAGAAAUGUUCGGAGCCAUUUCACCUGCGGAGCCUGAAGGUCUUGAGGCUCAACUACAUCACUACCACCGAGGAAGAUCUUGUCGCGUUCUUAGGAAGGGUUUGUACGAGCACGAGGCGGGAUCGUCGCCACCAGCGCGCUUCAGAGUAUACAAUUCCAGUCGGCUGAGGGCGGUCAAGAGGUUGCGCGAUUACCUAACGCGCAGGGUAGAUUGCCCAGUCACGCGAGAUACUUAUAGGCACUGGGAAUUGGAUGAUUGA